UUUAUCUAAAGAGUGAUACUUCGUCCAAUGAAGAAAACAUUAUAUUCUAUGAAUUUACCAAGUUUCUUUGAUUUAAAAUGUUAAUAAAUUGUUAACCCUCCCAUAAAAAUUCAAACUAGUUCCAAAAAACAUGACCGUUUCUUGUUUAAUGUUCCCUCUUCUCUUUACUCACUUUCACUUUCUCUCACCUCCUUAAACCCUUCUUCCAAAACUCCAAACUUUUCCCAUCAAUCCAUCCCUUUUAACGUAAAUUAAUGGUAGCUGGUAAAGUAAAGUCAGCUAUGGGGUUUCCAAAAACGCCUAAACCCAAUAAACCUCCGUGUAAACCACCGUCACCAUCUCAGAACUCCGCCGGAAAAUCCUCUUCACAAAAAUCCACUGUUUUUAACCGUUCUUUUGGUGUUUACUUCCCUCGUUCUUCUGCCCAAGUUCAACCCAAACCUCCUGACGUAUCGGAGCUGUUGAAAAUUGUUGAAGAGCUUCGUGAUCGUGAAUCACGGUUGAAAACACAACUUGUUGAACAGAAACUUCUUCGUGAAUCUGUCGCCAUUGUUCCUUCUCUUGAGCUUGAGAUUGUUUCGAGAAGAAGUGAAGUAGAGAAGCUGGUUUUACGGGUACGAGAGUUGGAGAUUGAGAAUGAGAAGUUGGUUCGUGAGAGGGAGUUGAUGAAGGAAAUGUUUGAGAAUGAGAGAAGAGAGAAACAUUUGAGGAUUACGGAAUUAAUGGCGGAGAUUGAAGAUGUUAAGAAUUUGUCAGCUUCUCAAAGAUUUCAAGGGUUGAUUGAAGCUUCUGGGAAGAGUAAUUUGAUUAAGAAUUUGAGUUUUAGGAAAAUGGGGAGUGGAACUCCUUCCAUGGCUGCUAAAUUAGCGGAAAAUCAUAAUCAUUAUCAUGGUGUAGAGAUGGAACAACAACAUCAAGAACAAUCUAGGGUUUCUCAUAGUGGUUCUGUUGAUGAAAUUGCAGAAACCUCCGAUUCUUCUUCGUUUGUUCGAUCUCGUGUUCCUAGGGUUCCUAAACCUCCUCCUAAACGUUCUUAUUCUGAUUCGAAUUCGUUUUCUUCAUCGUCUCAAUCGUCUGAAGCUCGUAAAUCUACGGAUAGUAUUACAGCACCACCUCCGCCACCGCCACCACCACCACCCAUGUUGAAAUCCGCACCCCCGCCACCACCGCCAUUGCCAGCGAAGAAAAAUCCUUCACCGGCGCCGCCUCCGCCUCCGCCAGCUCCGGCAAAGGGGGUGAGAUUGGUCACAGCAAAGGUCAAAAAAGUGCCGGAAGUUGUCGAGUUUUAUCAUUCGUUAAUGCGGAGAGAUUCACGGCGGGAUUCCGGUUCUGGUACGGCGGAGACGACUUCAACGAGUGCAAAAGAUCUUGUAGGAGAAAUUGAGAAUCGGUCGGCGUACUUGCUUGCGAUUAAGACGGAUGUAGAGACACAAGGAGAAUUCAUCAGGUUUUUAAUAAAGGAGGUUGAGACAGCGUCUUUUACAAACAUUGAAGAUGUGGUUACUUUCGUGAAAUGGCUCGAUGACGAACUCUCUUACUUGGUCGACGAAAGAGCAGUUCUCAAACACUUCAAUUGGCCGGAGCAGAAGGCCGAUGCGUUGAGGGAAGCCGCAUUUGAGUAUUCCGACUUGAAAAAGCUUGAAUUCGAGGCUUCAUCUUUCAGGGAUGUUGCUCGUCAAGCUUGUUCCGCUACCUUAAAGAAAAUGCAAACACUUCUUGAAAAAUUAGAGCAUGGAGUUUAUAAUUUGUCGCGCCUAAGAGAAUCAGCUUCCAACAGAUUCAAAUCUUUUCACAUUCCAGUUGAUUGGAUGCUUGAUACCGGAUUUGUUAGUCAGAUCAAGCUGGCUUCUGUAAAAUUGGCAAUGAAAUACAUGAAAAGGGUAUCAGCAGAACUUGAAGCCGUUGGUAGUGGUCCCGAGGAAGAAGAGUUAAUUGUUCAAGGUGUUCGGUUCGCAUUUCGUGUACAUCAGUUUGCGGGUGGAUUCGAUGUGGAAACAAUGAGAGCAUUCGAAGAGCUGAGAGAUAAAGCGAGGUCGUGCCAUGUACAAUGCCAAACACAGCGGCAGACGCAGCAGCAAAGGCUUAUGUGCAGAUCUAUGCCCUGCUAGACUACUCUGUAGCAAACUCGGCUUCAGAAUAUCUACCUUAAAGAUUACUAUUUCAUAUCAUUCUUUAGUUGUAAACAAAUAUCAUGGUUCAGGUAAUGAGGCAUCAGAAGUAGUCAUAUGUGCUAUAAGUUUUGACCAAUUACAACCUUUUGUAAAAUUGUAAUGAUUCUUCUAAUUAGUCGUCGAAAUUGCUUGUAUAAAUGAUGAAUUUUAUAAAAAUCGAGGGUAGAUUUGUGACAACAACUAAGAGCUCUCAAAAAUUGAUGUAAUUAACCGAAAACAAGUACAACCCGAGUUGAACUUUUGAUUUGUUGAAAUUGCUUGGAUAAAUAAUGAAUAUUAUAUGAGGGCAUAUUUGUGACAUUACAA